UGUGAGGUCAGAGAGGUGAGGACAGGUAAACAGCGUCUGUCUGUCCGUCCCACUGUGAGGACAGAGGACCAUCAGCGAGUAUAAAGUGGAGCCUCAGUGUGACAGCAGGAACUCGCUCUGGAUCAGACGCUGAAGAUGAAGAUGAGGCGUGUCGUGGUUUUGUUGGCUGUGCUGUGUGUGUGUGACGGUGUGAAGUUCGGUCAGCUCUGCAAUGGAAACUCAGCCAACAGCAGGAGGACGUCGGACCGCUGGGGACAGGGACGCUACGGAGCCCCGCGGGGGAGCAGAGAGCACAAAGGUCUGGACAUCAGGUGCAGCGACGGAUCGAUCGUCUACGCUCCGUUUGAUGUGACGCUCCAUGGGAACGUCAUCGUCUACACCGACCCCAAGAAGGCCGCCAUCAACAACGGCAUCAACCUGAGAGGAGAGGGUCUGUGUUUCAAGCUGUUCUACGUUCAGCCGGACCAAACCUCUGGCUCAGUGAGGAAGGGGGAAAGGAUCGGCGUCAUGCUGCCCAUGCAGACGGUUUACGAAGGAAUCACCUCCCACGUCCACGUCCAGAUGUGUGACAAGAGCGACCCCACACCGUACUUCUGACCAACUCACUGAGGACCUCUGUAAACAUCUGUCCUCAGUAGAGUCCUCUGCUACAAACAAAUAAACUGUAAAGAGAA